AUGGAAAGUGUACGAAAUGCUGCUCGUGGUAUACUUCACAAUCUUGAUAAAGUAACUGAUGGCACCAAUAGAGAAAGGAAAGAUAGUUCGAAUCGAAGUAACACGAUACAGAGAGCUAUCAGCAGUUCUACGGACAAGCCAUCUGUUAUGAUCAGUUAUUGUCAUGAAAACAAAGACUUUUGUAACAAACUGCUCAAAGUAUUGUCAACUCAUUAUGAUAAAUUCCAUGUGUGGGUUGAUCAAACUCAUUGUCAAUCAGCCAGCGAUCUAUGGGAAUUGAUUGCUACUGGAAUGGAACAAGCUCAUAUGAUUGUGUGUCUUGUCUCUAAUUAUUAUUUUCAGAGUAAAUCGUGUCGUCGAGAGUUUACGUAUGCUGUAGAAACGCUUAAAAAACCUAUCAUACCUGUACUGCUGGAAAGCAUUGAACCUAAAGGAUGGUUGGGUAUCCGAAUGUCAGCAUUAUUGAAACUUAUUCAUUCUAAUGAAAAAUAUUGUCCUAAAAAAUAA